AUGUCCGAUGAAAUAGGACUGCACUAUGUACCUGUUAACUCACUUUCCAGAGAGGUGUACCGUAUGAGGCACCAAAUGUUUGCAGCAAACAUCACUGUAAAUGACCUCAAAAUCGUCAUAGGAGGUUCACGGCAGCCUCCAGUCGACCCGGGUUGUAUUGGCCCUUGGAAGACAAAAAAGCCCUUCGACACAAGAAAAACGCUGCGAGACAGACUGGAAGAACACGACUACAUACUCGGGUGGGUUGCGACUGAGAUGGAAAACCCGUCUGACCGAAUACAGGCACUUAUACCUAGAGAUCUAGGACUGAAAAACAAGUUCAAAAGUCUGACGAAAUUGCCGCAAUCUUCGCAGCUUAAAUGCGACUUUUUCUAUACCAUUGAGCAUGAGAUGGAAUUUUCCCAACCCCCGCCUGUUGUAGCUGUGCAAAAGCUCGAGAACGAUCAUGCAGAUCUGUUCGCACUACUUCAGCUAACAAUGCGCUUUCAGGGGAAGUGGACGAAGCGCGAAGUUAUACUGAAUGGAGGAAUUUUUUCCUCGGAGAGUCCAGGGAAAAUGGAAAAGAAGUUGAAUGUCAAAAUCCCACAUAGGGCGGGGCCGAGAUCCCUGGAAGAAGUGCCCCAAAAUUCCCAUAAGCAUGAAUUCGAAGAGAUACUCUCCUCUUCGAAGGAUGUUAUACAGGUCAUCAAGCGCCGUGAAAUCGUGACACUCUUCAAUGUCCUCCAUUGCCACGUCCCAGACCUGCACCUGGCAUCUGAUACACCGUCGUCUUCCAAGGCCAUACAGGUAUCUUGGAAGUUUCCGGUGGUUAUACAGCCUUCGGAUCUGAUUGGUGGAUGGCGGAAAUAUGUGCCAGUCAGCGAUUGGAGCAUUAUUUUUCGCGGCUAUUCGUCCCCUUUUUUCUUGUCGGAGGUUAUUUCAAUGGCAGGCGAAGAAGAUAGAUAUCGAAUGUUGGCGCAAGGUCUAGUGGCAAAGGCGGACUUUUUCGUUGUAUGUGUAUACCUCAAGUCCGAUUCUACGGCGGAGAGGUACAUCUUUCGCGGUGGCACAGAUAAGCAGGUACACAUUCACCAAAAGGACUUCGACCUUAAAGCAAGCAUCAAUGCGGUACACUUUCUUCGAGAGUUGUAUAAUCUCCGAGGGGUAAUUGCUGAACUGGAGAAGGAACUAGACCCAUCGAAGAAAGGAGCCUUGCAGGAGAUUAACGACAUUGGCCGGAAGGUAGUAUCACUUUCGAACAAAAAGGACAAGUCAGGCUGGGCAUUGUCGACGGGCAUUCUGCAGCGUGCGCCAGGCAGCGUCGCCGAGGAGGGCGAACCUAAUCUGGACGAUGACUUGGGGGUCUUUGGUACUGAUGAGGGGGCUGCUGUCGUCGAGUACGUUUUAUUCGGGCACCCUUUUGUCGCCUAUGUGUGGGAUGGCAAUAAUGAAGCGGGAAUCUUCAAGUUCGUGCCGAAGGGUCAGACUGAAGUCGAUGUGCUCCAAUACCUGAACGCGAUCGACUCUCCUAAGAACCAUACGGUUCGUCCAAUACAGCUUCGGUCGACUAGCCAGGGGAUGUUUGUCCAUUUGCCCCCUCCGGGGGUUGGCUUGGAUGUCUCCGAGAUUUGGACGAACACUUGA